GAGCAGGUCAUCAUUCAGCGCUGUGCAUGAGGAGACAACACCACCACAGAGAAUGAGAGGGGUAUCCCUUUAUCUUUUGCUUGGUCAUCUCCUCAUAGCUGGCGUUGGAUCUACCUGUGUUCCUGUCCAGUGUCUGAGAUGUAACGCCACAGGAGAAACUCAGGCAGAUCCUUGUUCACGCUGCUCAAACAGUUCUGCCCAGUGCAUCGAUGUUCCUUCAGAUGUUCCAUCAAACUGCACAAAAGACUUUCAGGUUUCUGUCAACACCACUGGAUCCAAAGUGAACGAGGGUGAUGACAUCACUCUGACAUGUGUCCAUAACCUUCCUGAUUUGAACCUUACAUUUGGGUGGAUUUAUGAUAAGGAGGAAAUCCAGAAAGGCAGAAAUAAAAGCGAGCUGCGUCUCGAAAAAGUGUUGACAGAUAGAGGAGGCCCGUACAUCUGCUUUGUGAACAGCUCGUGUGGCUACUACGAGUCUUCGCCACAUGAUGUCACUGUGGAGAACCAGACUCUGUUGAUCCUGGUGAUCUGUGGUGUUUCUGCUUUGGUCCUGGUCUUGGUUUUGGGGCUGGCUAUGAAGUUCAAGCUGAAAAGAGACAACGCUAAACUCAAAGAGAGGAUGAGGCAGAAGGCCAGGGAGGGGCAGAACAACGCUCCAGCUCCGUUCACACCAAGAGAGUCCUGAAUCUAUCACCUUCACAAAAUAAUGAACAUCGUUUCAUAGUGUGUUGUUGUUGUUGUAUUUGAUGUAGAAAUAAAACCUCUUUAA